AUGUUAAUUUCAAAGAUGGCGGCGGAGGGAGGAGGGAAGGAGAUGAACGAAAUUAAAACUCAGUUCACCACUCGGGAAGGCGUCUACAAACUCCUCACUCACUCCGAAUACAGCCGUCCCAACAGGGUGCCUUUCAACUCGCAGGGCUCCAACCCCGUCAAGGUCUCCUUCGUCAACGUCAACGACCAGUCCGGCAACGGCGACCGGAUCUGUUUCAAUGUGGGCCGUGAGCUCUACUUCUACAUCUACAAAGGCGUCAGAAAGGCCGCUGACUUGAGCAAGCCCAUAGAUAAACGCAUUUACAAGGGGACGCAGCCGACGUGUCAUGACUUCAACCACCUCACCGCCACAGCAGAGAGUGUGUCGUUGCUUGUGGGUUUCUCGGCAGGACAAGUCCAGCUCAUUGACCCCAUCAAGAAAGAGACGAGCAAACUCUUCAAUGAGGAGAGAUUAAUAGACAAAUCCAGAGUAACAUGCGUGAAAUGGGUUCCCGGUUCUGAGAGCCUGUUCCUGGUCUCUCACGCCAGCGGGAAUAUGUACCUGUACAACGUGGAGCACACCUGCGGCACCACGGCGCCACACUACCAGCUGCUCAAGCAGGGAGAAAACUACUCUGUUCACACUUGCAAGAGUAAAUCCACCCGGAACCCCCUCCUCAAAUGGACAGUGGGAGAGGGGGCUCUGAACGAGUUUGCCUUCUCUCCCGACGGGAAGUUCCUGGCCUGCGUGAGCCAGGACGGCUUCCUGCGGGUUUUCAACUUCGACGCCGUCGAGCUCCACGGCACCAUGAAGAGCUACUUCGGCGGCCUGCUGUGCGUGUGCUGGAGCCCCGACGGGAAAUACAUAGUCGCGGGCGGCGAGGACGACCUGGUGACUGUUUGGUCGUUCUUCGACUGCAGGGUCAUAGCCCGGGGUCACGGGCACAAGUCGUGGGUGAGCGUGGUGGCGUUUGACCACUACACCACCAGCGUCGAGGAGAGCGACCCCAUGGAGUUCAGCGGCAGCGACGAGGACUUCCAGGAUCAGAUGAUCCACUUCGGGCGAGACCGGGCCAACAGCACGCAGUCUCGACUCUCGAAGCGCAACUCCACGGACAGCCGGCCCGUUAGCGUGACGUACCGGUUCGGCUCGGUGGGCCAGGACACUCAGCUGUGCCUAUGGGACCUCACCGAGGACAUCCUUUUCCCCCACCUUCCACUCUCACGGACACGAACGCAUACUAAUGUGAUGAAUGCUACAAGCCCUCCGGCGGGCGCCACCAUAAUAACAAACACCUCUAGUAACACUACUAACGGAAACAACAGUGGUGCCAAUACUCCUGGCAUUAACUCCCUCUCCACCACGUUGCCCCGCUCCAACAGCCUGCCCCACUCGGCCGGCACCACCGCCACGGCCAACAGCACCAACAAGGCCGGGGGCGGCGGGGGCGGCGGCGGGAUCGGCGGCGGCAUCAUGGACAGUGCCAUCGCCACCGGCGUGAGCAAGUUCGCCACGCUGUCACUCCACGACCGCAAGGAGCGGCACCACGAGAAGGACCACAAACGCAACCACAGCAUGGGUCACAUCAGCAGCAAGAGCAGCGACAAGCUCAACCUGCUGACCAAAACCAAAACAGACCCCGCCAAGACUCUGGGCACCCUGCUGUGCCCCCGCAUGGAGGACGUGCCCCUCCUCGAGCCCCUCAUCUGUAAAAAAAUAGCACACGAGAGACUGACUGUACUCAUAUUUUUAGAGGACUGUUUAGUGACUGCUUGUCAGGAGGGAUUUAUUUGCACAUGGGCGAGGCCAGGCAAAGUGGGUUUAUUGUCAUCCCAAAACCAAGCCAGCUCUCCCAGUGGAACAGUAGUAUAGCCACAAUAUUUCUGCUGCUAAAGAACCCUGCAACCCAGAGUCUGAUGCUGCUCUUCACCCUGCAAGCAUUGCAAGUUUUCCUUUUCUUUUGUACCCCUUCCUCUCCCAGGUUUUGUAAUGGCUUUUUUUUUUUGUUUGUUUGUUUGUUUUUUGUUUUUCACUCACUUGACAUAGGGGAGGAGUGGAACAGGAAGAGUGUGGACUGUAGCGCUAAUGUACUAUUGUUCUCUGGAGUUUUAGCACAUCUUAGUUUUUUUUUAAGCUUUGUUUUUCAUGUCAGAUCUCAUCAGACUGUUUGGAUUUAAGGCUUGGCUUUGUUAGAUGCAAACCACACAUUUAUGGCUUGUGAUUAAAGGGAUAGUUUGUUUAAUUUUUUUUAUAAUCUCUGCCCCUCCUUCAGUUUUUUUUUUUUUUCUAAUUUUUUUUCAUAGAAGUGUCAGGUUGGGGGGCGUCCAACUUGAAACUUUGGGCAAACUAUCCUUUUAUGACCAAGUGCGUUAGCAUCUGAAUACUCUGCAUCCAUCCACAUCCACCCACCACACCUGUCCUCUUCUCCAGUAGAAUUUUUCCCUGAUGACGACUUUGCACUGAUUUUGUUAGCUCCUUUGUUUUUUUUUUGUUUUUUAUAUAACUACUCUAAUGGAACAAGAAAAAGGAGGUUGAGGACGGCCUUGUUGCACUUGGCGAUAACAUCCUCAGUCUUUGAAUUCUGAAUCUAUAAAGCUGGAUGCUGCAAUCAUAGUCUUUUUAAGGAAUUAAAAAAAAAAAAAAAAGGUUUGCACUUAAAUUAGUUUAUUAGAAGAAAAUGGCUUUACAUUUUUGGGUGUGCU